CGCUCAAGGCUACGAGAAUCCCCUCUCUCCGUCUGCAAGCCAUACUCUCUAUCUCUCAAAUUCCUCUUCUCAAAAUGGACACACCGCCACCAGAACAGCUGCAACGAUCAUCAUCCACUCAGUUGGACUUCGACAACCUUAGAGCCAUCAAAGUCCUAGGCAAAGGAGCUAUGGGCACGGUGUUUCUAGUUCACCACAGAACAGCUGACCCUUUUGCUCGAAACCCCUACGCCCUCAAAGUCGUCGAGAAAUCCACCCUCCAUACAAAAUUCGAAGCCGACCGCCGUGCCCGGUGGGAGAUCCAGGUCCUCACCAAACUCUCCGGCCGGAACAGUCACCCUUUUCUCCCUCAUCUCAUAUCGUCCUUGGAGACUCCAGACUUCCUAGCUUGGGCCGUCCCUUUCUGCUCCGGUGGUGAUCUCAAUGUGCUGCGAUACCGCCAAAACGAGCGCGUUUUCUCCCCGGCCGUCGUGCGGUUUUAUUUGGCCGAGAUAGUUUGCGCUUUAGAACAUCUCCACGAGAUGGGGAUUGUGUACCGGGACCUGAAGCCUGAAAACAUUCUAGUACAACAGUCUGGUCACGUUACUCUCACGGACUUCGACCUUUCUCGUAGUUUAACGAAACGGACCGUUAAAACCGUUUUUCCUUCGACUGAUCUUCAACAUUUUGAUCAACCUGCAAACGCUGAAUCUAUGUCUCUGUCUCUUGAUUUGCAAAACAGACACUGCCACCGCUACCAUAUCCCCCACCGAAGAAAUUUAACCCGGUGGCUGCCUAUACUUCCCAUUAAAGAUAAAACCGGCUUAAAAAAGGCCAAGUCAGCCCGAGUUAGCCCUGUGAGUCGGCGAAAACUCAGUUUCAGCAAUGGAGAACGAUCCAAUUCGUUUGUGGGUACCGAGGAAUACGUGUCGCCGGAGGUUGUACGGGGGGAUGGACACGAGUUCACAGUGGAUUGGUGGGCGUUGGGGAUUCUAACGUACGAAAUGUCAUAUGGCACGACACCAUUUAAAGGGCAUAACCGAAAGGAAACGUUUCGAAACAUUUUAUCGAAGACGCCAGAGUUCGUCGGGAAACGAAACGAGUUAACUGAACUGAUCGAACGGUUGCUAGAGAAGGAUCCAACGAAGAGGCUGGGUUACCAACGUGGUGCGUGCGAGAUCAAGGAGCACGUGUUCUUCAGAGGGGUAAGGUGGGACUUACUUACGGAGGUAUUAAGGCCACCAUUUAUUCCCGCCAGAGAGGACACUAAUCUAACGGAAACAGCAGUAACGGCUGAAGGAGUGGAUAUUAGGGACUACUUCCAGAAUUUGAAGUCGCCGCCGUCACCUCCUCCAUCGCCAUCAUUCGAGUGCCAUAUAAAGAUGUCGCUAACGGAGUUCUAGGCACACGUGUGGCAGUUAGCACGUGUAAGAGUGAGUGAGUAUAAAUUCUUUUUCAUAUACGCGAUGGCUGUAUUUAUGUACAUAAAAUAAUGGGUACAACGUGAAAAAAAGAUAAGGAAGAGAUUAUUGAAAAGCUAUAAAUAGAUUAUACUAUUUUUAUGCGAUUA